UCGUUUUGGCUCUUUAAUUCUCCUUGCUUUUGCCUAAUUUUAGCUUUCCGCACGCAGUUUAUUCACAAGCUAUAAAUCUGUAUAAAAACCAGAGCUUUUGUCCACGCAUUCUUCUCUAUUCCCCUGAAAACAGAAUCGAAAAUGAAGUGGUUUUGUUUUGCUUUUCUUCUUCUUCUUUUCCAUCUGGAUCUUUGCCACGUGUCCAUGGCAGUUUCCGGGGAGAAGAACCAGAGGAAAACAUACAUAGUACACAUGUCGAAAUCCGAGAUGCCGGCGAGUUUUGAGCACCAUACCCACUGGUAUGAUUCGUCUCUUAAGUCGGUCUCCGAAUCGGCUGAAAUGAUAUACACUUACGAGCAAGUCAUUCACGGUUUCUCCACCCGGUUGACGCCGGAGGAAGCUGUGCAACUCGAGAGCCAACCCGGGGUUCUCUCUGUUUUGCCUGAGUUGAAGUACGAGUUGCACACGACUCGGACUCCUGAGUUCCUGGGACUCGACAAAAGUGCCGAUUUGUUUCCCGAGUCGGACUCAGUGAGUGACGUAGUUAUUGGUGUGCUGGAUACCGGUGUUUGGCCGGAGAGUAAGAGCUUUAUCGAUACCGGACUUGGGCCGGUACCCAGUAGCUGGAAGGGCGAGUGUGAAUCGGGUACCAAUUUUAGCUCAUCGAAUUGUAACCGGAAAUUGAUCGGUGCGAGGUACUUCGCCAAAGGUUAUGAAGCCACAAUGGGUCCGAUUGACGAAUCUAGGGAGUCUAAAUCGCCUCGAGAUGAUGAUGGUCACGGUACUCAUACUACCUCCACAGCUGCAGGGUCGGUGGUGCAAGAAGCCAGCUUGUUUGGAUAUGCAGCAGGGACGGCACGCGGGAUGGCCACACGCGCUAGGGUGGCUGUUUACAAGGUGUGUUGGCUUGGUGGGUGCUUUAGUUCCGAUAUCGUGGCGGCAAUGGAGAAAGCAGUUGACGACAACGUGAAUGUUCUCUCUAUGUCCCUCGGCGGCGGAAUGUCGGAUUAUUACAGAGACAGCGUUGCAAUUGGAGCUUUCGCUGCAAUGGAGAAGGGGAUCUUAGUAUCUUGCUCCGCCGGGAAUGCCGGUCCGAGUCCGUACAGUUUAUCAAACGUGGCUCCAUGGAUCACCACUGUGGGUGCAGGAUCGUUGGAUCGUGAUUUCCCAGCCUACGUCAGCCUCGGCAACGGGCAGAACUAUUCCGGUGUUUCGCUUUACAAAGGCAGUUCUUUGCCGGGGAAAUUGCUGCCGUUUGUUUACGCCGGCAAUGCUAGUAAUGCUACAAACGGGAAUUUGUGUAUGAUGGGAUCUUUGAUUCCAAAAGAAGUUGCAGGGAAAAUAGUGAUGUGUGACAGAGGAAUGAGCGCCAGGGUACAAAAGGGCGCUGCCGUAAAAUCCGCCGGCGGUGCGGGAAUGGUUUUGUCUAAUACUGCCGCAAACGGCGAGGAGCUGGUCGCUGACGCCCAUUUGUUGCCGGCGACAACCGUGGGUCUAAAGAAUGGUGACGCCAUUAAAAGUUACCUCUUUUCGGAUCCCAACCCGACUGCUACAAUUCUCUUUGAAGGCACCAAAGUGGGCAUCAAACCGUCGCCCGUGGUGGCCGCAUUCAGCUCCAGAGGACCAAACAGUAUCACCCCAGAAAUUCUGAAACCGGACCUAAUCGCGCCAGGUCUCAACAUCUUAGCGGGAUGGUCCGGCUCGGUGGGUCCCACAGGAUUGGCGAUUGAUUCCCGACGAGUGAAUUUCAACAUCAUUUCGGGAACCUCCAUGUCUUGUCCGCACAUCAGCGGCCUAGCAGCAUUGCUCAAGGCGGCUCAUCCAGAUUGGAGCCCCGCCGCCAUCAGGUCUGCCCUCAUGACCACCGCCUACACGGAGUACAAAAACAAAGAAAAAUUACAGGACAUCGCUACCGGAAAACCCUCCACACCGUUCGAUCACGGGGCCGGACACGUGGAUCCCGUAUCAGCCCUUGAUCCAGGACUCAUCUACGAUUUAACAGCCAAUGAUUACCUCGACUUCCUCUGUGCAUUAAACUACACCGACUCACAAAUCACCUCCCUUGCAAAAAAGAGUUCCACAUGCGACGCCGGGAAGAAGUACAGCGUCUCCGAUCUCAACUACCCAUCCUUUGCCGUCAAUGUUGAUACGACGACACAAACGGGUAGCUCUGCCGUGUUCAAGCACACACGAACUCUCACAAACGUGGGUUCUCCGGCCACGUACAACGUUUCCGUGUCGCCUCAGAUUGCGGGGGUUCAGAUAUCGGUUCAGCCGGAAACGUUGAACUUCAGUAAAGUGAACGAGAAGAAAUCGUACACAGUCACGUUUACUGUGAGUUCACAGCCGUCGGAUCCGAAUGGGUUUGCACGGUUGGAAUGGUCUGAUGGGAAGCACAUUGUGGGUAGUCCCAUUGCGGUUACCUGGAACUCAUGAAGAGCAAGGAGGAGGAUAGGAAAGAGGGUAAUUUAAGUGUCAAUUUGGAUCUUAGUAAAAUGGAAAAAGGAUGAAAACAAAACAAAAAGAACUCACUCGAAGGAGUGCAAUUGCUUAUUGCUAGCUAAUUUUCAAACUAUUGAUGUUGUUUCUGUAUUCUGGUACCCGGUUGGGAUAAAAGAUUAGCUGGGUUAAUUCUUUACUGUUCUUGAUGUUCUGUCGGGGAGAAAGGAAUUAAAACCCGAAAAUUGGGUUGACUUCUUGCUCAGUGUAUGGUCUUAUUGAGGAAAUGUGUGAGGCUAGUGUACUGUUGAAAAAUGAAGAUUAAUCUCACAC